GAACUGCUUGAGCUGAUGGGCUUGUACAGCAAGCCCAAGCCCAAAUCCAAUGAGAAAAUUAUACAGUCGGCUUCGAAAUUUAUGAGGAAUCUGUACGAAAGUAUCAAAGACGUGGACUCUUCGGAGUAUCCAAGUGACGACACUCGUAUUCAUAUCAGUAGCGACAUAAAUGCCUCAGCUCUGGGCUUGGACCCGGUGAAAGUGGAGGGGGCUGAUAUCAUUGUUAGCUACGUCAAUAAUGUUCGAAAAGUCUCAACUCUUCGACAUGAGCGAGAUAGCACAUUCUAUUUUGAAGUGCCCCUUGGCGAGGAAAUCAAAGGGGCAGAACUGCGGCUUUUCAAGGAGGUUUCGUCAACUUUCACAAGUGGAAUAUUUACUAUUAACUUGUAUGUCAUCAGACAGGGGCCAGAUUGGGAUGACAAGAUCCUAGAGCCAGAAUCCAGCAUUGAUGUCAAGUGGGACACCACAGGCUGGCUGAUGUUAGACGCCACCAAGGCUGCAGGCAACUGGACCAGCGGCUCCUACUUAAACAUGGGGCUUUAUCUCAGAGUAUUGGAUUUUCACGGUAAUUUACUUGACCCUCAAGAUAUCGGAAUUGUUGGGAGAAGAGGUCCUGCUGAUAAGCAGUCCUUCCUUGUUGGAUACAUUGGCAUGUCCAGGGAGCUUCAGACGAGAACACGGUCAUUCCGUAAUAAAAGAUGGGCAGAGAAUGAUGGGAAGUCUUACGCUGAUAACCCGUAUUCAGAAUACACCAGGGCUGGCUAUCCGGGGUACAGAGCACACAAUAAUUGCCAGAGACACAACCUCUACAUCAGUUUCAGAGACAUAGGAUUUGAUCAGGAGUUUCUGAUUGCCCCAGAAGGUUAUUCAGCCUUCUACUGUUCCGGAGACUGCUCCUUUCCUCUGGGCAUCCACAUGAAUGCCACAAAUCAUGCCAUUGUUCAGACGCUGGUGCAUCUUAUGGACCCCUACCACGUCCCCAAGCCAUGCUGCGCCCCAACCAAAUUCGGCACCAUCACCCUACUAUACUACGAUGACAACUCCAGCGUGGUGUUGCGGAGGUUCCGAGACAUGAUCGUCACAGCUUGUGGAUGCCAUUAG